CUGUUUGUUCUCAGCGGUUUCAGGCAGACAAAACGCAAUCCGACCCACGGACUAGGGGGGGGGGGGUCCACGCAUUCAGGAUUAACCUGAUCAGCUAUGACCAUCCAGCACCUAAAUCAGAAGUGAUCGGAGCUCACAUCUAAACGUGUGGAGGAUGAGCGGCUCUGCGGCCACCGGCGGAUCGGCUUCGUGCCGUUUCGCCCACUAUUUUGUUGUUUGUGGCGUGGACACGUUCACGGGCCUGGAGCCGGACGAUGGAGCAGGUGAGAGCUUUGAGCAGAGCCCCAUCCGAAGGUCUUUCAAGUCAAAGGUUCUGGUCCACUACCCUGAAAGCACAGAGAGGAACCCCUUCAAUAAAGAUGCUGUUAACAUGCUGUGUAUGCCCAGGGGCCUGUCCUUCCGCACUCAAGCGGACAGCCUCGAGCCUCAGUUCCACUCAUUCACUGUUACAGUUGAUGACGGCACGCGCUCCUAUGGUUUUGUCCACACCUUCUACGAGGAAGUGACCAGCACUCAGAUCAUUACAGCCAUGCAGACGCUUUAUCAGAUGCAUCAUGUGGAGCACCACUCUUCAUCAUCUGCCUCCUCGCCCUCUUCAUCCGCUUCCUCACCUUCCACCUGCAGCAUGGACUCACUUGUAAGCAGCUUGGAUGAGUCAGAUGUGGAAUUCCUGGCUGGGACUUGCCUUGGCUGUGCAGGCAACUUUGAUCCAUCACGGGACACUUUGUAUGUGUCCAAAGCCCUCUGCCUCCUGACACCGCUCCCGUUCCUUCAAGCUGCUCGACAGUUCCUGUCACAGCUGCACCAGGCCGUGUCCUCGCACUCGCCGCCGCCCCUCCCUUUAGAGAGCUACAUACACAAUAUCCUGUAUGAGGUGCCUCUGCCUCCUCCUGGCAGGUCGCUGAGGUUCCACGGGGUCCAGGGGCCCAUUGUGUGCCAGCGGCCAGGGCCAGGCGAACUUCCACUUGGGGAGUACCCUCUCGAGGAGGCAUUCUCCCUCCUUGGUGUGAACAAUAUGGUGCAGCUGCUUACUUGUGUACUUCUGGAGACACAGGUUCUUCUAUAUUCUCAAGACUACCAACGUUUAAUGACAGUGGCGGAGAGCGUCACCACUUUGCUGUUCCCAUUCCAGUGGCAGCACAUUUACCUGCCCAUCGUUUCGGCACCGUUACAUCAUCUCCUGGAUGCCCCUGUACCGUUCCUGAUGGGUAUCCAACGGCGAGGUGGCGUUCAGGGUUCCUCACUCCACCUAUCACAUGAGGCCAACCUGUGUUUUGUUGACAUUGACAACCACUCUGUUGACACCCCGGAGGACCUUCCUGCAUUUCCCAACCAGACGGAGCUGAUUCAGGAGCUGAGUGAGGUCCUGCUGCGUUUUGGGCUCCCUCUGCAGGGAGGUACGAUCACCAAGCCUGCCACCACCUCCGCUUGCCUGAGCAACCUGGUCCUGGAGGAUCUGAUGGACGACAGACGGAACGGAAACCUCGGAGGUGAGGAACUGGCUGUUCUGGAGAGGUUGCAGGCGCUUGCACGGAGGUGUGGAGGAGUAAAAUUGUCAGAUGAUGGAAAGACACUGGGACAUGUUCUCGAGGAGGAGGAACAGGAGCUGAGGGCUGCAAAGUUGAACAUUCAACUGAGGGAGGUCUUUGCCAACUGUUUUGCUGCCAUAUUUGGCAGGUAUGAGGAGUUUGUCAUUCACACUGCGCUUGAUUUGGACUCCUGGCUGAGCAACCGCGAGGGGACGUUCAGCUUUGAUAAGGGAUCCUUCCUUUCAGUUCAGCCUGUGUCCCACUUAUACUUCUUGUCCCGGUUCCUGGAGACAAGUAUGUUUUCUUCUUUUGUGGAUGGGAAGGUGAUAUCUCGCUUUGCAGAUCGGGAGCCGCUGCAGCAGCUGUUCGACCGCCGCCUGGAGAGAGAACGACUGUAUGACACAAACGAGGAGGAUUCUCGCCACUGUCACUACCGGAAAUGCAGCAUUCUGUUUGAGUCAGCCCAGGCCAUUGAACACAGAUUGUUGAAAGCAGACCAUACAGCCAUACACCCCCACCUGCUGGACAUGAGGAUCGGCCAAGGUUUACAUCAGCAGGGCUGCUUUCCUAAGCUGCAGGCUGAUGUGCUUGCACAAGGUCACACAAACAAGUGGCCUGGCCGUGUCACAGCAUCACGCAGGGCCGACCCCAAGAGACCAGCUGUCACGGAAACCUCAGGAGUAGACUACGAACAAAGACAGAAGCAUCCAUUUGUGAAGAGGAGCCUACAACACUCUAAGCUACUUGACCUGUCACCUCAAGCUGUGAGUCAAACUCAUCGAGAGUUUGUUGACGGGCUACUGAGCGAGUGUCGUCUGAAGACCAAGCGUAUGUUGAUGGAGAGGAUGGGGAAGGAGAGCGCUGAACUGGGUCAGGGAGAAGCCAACAUUACAGGCCUGCAGGAAAACACACUCAUCCAUGGCCUGUGUGACCUACUGGAGAGAACCUGGGGCCAUGGGCUGCAGCUGAAGCAGGGGAAGUCGGCUCUUUGGUCCCAUUUGCUUCACUACCAGGCUGCCCAAACAAAGACUGAAACACCACCUGCCUCUUCAGGGUCUAACAGUUCUGAUAAGCUUGAAGAUGGAACACUGCCCCUGAAAGGAUCCGUGAUACAUGAUAUGAGGUUUAUUCAGACCUUGAGUGAGGGUCUGUCUGAGGUGGGUCAAGCCAGAGCCUGGAUCCAUUUGGCCCUGGAGAAAAAAAUGCUGUCCCAGCACUUUAAAGAACUGCUUACAAAUCAGGAGCUGCUCAGGCAGCUGUAUAAACCCCAUGCGUUCUUACUGUGUGAGGAAGAAAGGGAACAGUUUUUGUUCCACUUGCUGUCCCUGAACACUGUGGACUACCUCUGCUUCACACGUGUCUUCACCUCCAUCAGUAUUCCAUACCGUGUCGCUAUAAUACCCAUGAAGAAGCUUAGCAUUGCUAUGGCAACAGUCAACCCCUGGGUGUGUGUGUCAGGAGAACUGGGUGAUUCAGGAAUUAGACAGAUCCCGAAGAAUACGCAAGAGAUUUUUUUCCAGUGUAAGAACUUGGGCAGGUUGAGCACUCUGCAGCUGGGACAGGAGAACUCUGGCUUGCUGGCAAAGUGUUUGAUUGACUGUGUAAUGGUGUACAAUGAAAUCACUGGACACACGUACAAGUUCCCAUGUGGUCGAUGGCUUGGAAAGGGUGUGGGUGAUGGCAGUUUGGAAAGGAUUCUCAUUGGACAACUGGUGUCACCUGGUGGAGAUGAAGAUGCUGGAAGGUGGACAGGGACGCCUCCCGAGCCGGCCUCUCCCUCUCAGAGCGUACGAGCAGUACUGGGAUCAUUUGGCAGCCGCAGCCGAAUGUUGUCUGUCGAAGUGCAAGAGGACAUGAGGGAGGCGGCUAAUAACCUCGUGAAACACUUCCACAAACCUGAACAAGAGAGAGGAAACGUGACGGUCUUGCUGUGUGGUGAGGGAGGCCUGGUGCUUGCUGUGGAGAAGUUUCUCCUUCAUGGUUUCAGAUCGAACCGUCUUUUCCUGAGGAAUGUGUUUGUUUGGGAUUUUAUAGAGAAGGCAGUGGUUUCCAUGGAGACAGCUGAUCAGAUGGGUGGCUUGCAUGGAUCUACAAGGCCAAAGGAGCCACCUUGUGACUUGCUGUGUCACUAUGUCGAUGCCAUCAAUUCCUCACCAAGAAACAUUGGAAAAGAGGGAAAGUUCCAGCUGUUUGUCUGCCUGGGAAUCAGGGAUCGGCUUCUUUCUCAGUGGCUCCCCCUGCUGGCAGAAUACCCUUUAACAGCACGGACCUACGAGCAAGGUGCUCUGCUGCGGGAUCGUGCUGCUGUACACUCCCUGUGCCGCAUCCUACACACGCUCCAUGAGUUCACCUUCACUCUGGAGACCUCACUGGUUAAAGGAGUUGACCUCUGACGCUAAUUAAGAACUGUCAGACGGCAAGUCAAACUCUGUUUUGUAGUAUUCAUGUAUGGUGGGUAAAAGGAAAUCUUUGAAAUGUCCGGUACGUGCAUGGUCAAGCUUUAUGAAGACUGAGAACUGGACAAAGUCAGUGGCAUUGAUGUGUGCAACGUCAAGCUGCUGGCAACUCAAACUCCCAACAUAUUGCCUUGUUCCCUUAUGUAAAAGUCUUGUAUUCUGUAUUUGCUUCAGGAAAUACUUUGGUUUUCCUAUGCUUGUUUACACUGUGAAUUUCUGUUUCCUGGAGGACAGACAGUCAAUCAUAAUUUUAUGUCUACUGUAGAUAUUUUCACAGCUCAAACUGUGUAUCUGAACCAAGACAUCUCCAACUAUAACUCUUCUACUGCUGUAUUGCUUGCACUUGAAACUUAAACUAAGCACAUGCAUGCCCAAAUCUGGUUUUGUACUGUUUGUUUUAUGUCAGCGUGAUGUGAUUGGAGUUACAGGACCGGCGUCUUAAUACUUUUUGUUAGUUUUAAGAGGGAAAGUGUAAGAUGACUGGAUAUCAAUAUGUUAGAAUUGUUAUCUUUUUAUGUUGUGACUCUAAUGUGUAAAGUCUGGCUUGUUCGUCGUUGUUUAAGUUAGUUUUUGGUCACAAGCUGUAUAGAGUUGUGCCUGUUUGGCUCUUAAAAUCCUCUAAUAGUUGAACACUGAAACCAAACUUGUCCUAAAUGUGUGGAUUCAAAUAGUCUCGUCAGGUUUUCUCUCACUGUGAAUAUUUUGCUUCAGUGAACCUUUAAUUGAAUUGUGCUCUGCUGAUAAUAUGUGAUGAAUUAAUUUUAUGUUUCAAGGCAUUUUGUUUGUGCUGAUGUAAUACAUUAGAAUAUGCUAUAAACACACUUUACAGACUGUUCCAUUGACUUUCCAAAUAUUCAGAGACGGAAUAGAGCACAGUUUCUCGGAAACCCGGCGCAUUAUGUUGAUUUUACAGUAGGAUUGUUUAGAUGCUGUCUCCUGCACUGUCGUGUAAGCACUAUGUAACCCACAAUGGCCAAACCUCGAUGAUCAAAAGCAGAUUAGAGAAAGCAAUAAUGAACUGUUAUUUAUCAAAUGUGGUGUUGAAAAUUAAAGUUAUUAUUGGUACAGCU